AUGUCCGAGGACGAUAGGAAAAAGUGGCGGUGCACUCAUUUCUGCAAAAAUUCAAAGAAAUCGACCACAUUACCAGGUAACGAAGAUAUUACUGGUUUCGAUAUACAGAAAACUACUACACUCCUUGAAUCUCUCAACACCAAAGUGGCAAAUUUCGAGACUGUUGUUAAUACUGUUCAAACAAGCCAGGAAUUAUUAUCUGUUAAGUACGAUGAGUUGCUCAAAGAAAUCAAAGGGUUACGUGAUGAAAACAAAAAACUAACAUGUGAUAUUUCUGAGUUGAAAAAACAGCUUGCCUCAAAAGAUAACGUCAUUGACAAUCUCAAUAUGCAAAUAAAUAAUGAUGUUGAGUAUGUUAAGAGAAACAAUUUGGAAAUUCAUUGCCUUGAAACGUCUAGCAGGCCUCCAAUCGAAGAUUUGCAAGUAAUAGCUGAAAAGAUUGAUGUUAAUUUCCAAAUGAGUGAUGUUAGUGGGGUCCACAGGCUACCAAUACGCAAACCUACUGACACUCACGGCGAAAAAUCUCCAGUUUCGAUUGUUCAGUUCGUCUCGAAACUAGUUCGCUCUGAUUGGCUUACCAGGGGUCGUGCUGCGAAAUUGACAAACAAGGUGGUGGGGAAUAAAUCUGAGAAAAGAAUUUAUUUCAACGAGAAUCUAACAGCUUUCAACAAAAGACUGUUUAUGCAAGCCAAGCUUAAAGCUAAGCCUCUUGAAUAUAAGUAUAUGUGGACCUCGCAGGGCAGAGUCCUCGUUAGAAAAGAGCAUCACGCACAGAUUAUCAGAAUUAAAUCUUUUAUGGAUCUUGAUAAAAUUGUUCAGUGA